GAGUAAAUAUAGUUUCCGCUUUGGAUUAAAUUCAUAACCAUAGUACUCUUCUCGUUUACCUGAGGUGACGAAACACAGGAGUCUCAUUCAGUUUAUGCAGUGAACAGAAACAACAUUUUAUGGGUAAAUUAUAGGUUUUGGCAACAUUGCAAUCUUCUGCCAGUGCCAACGAAACCAAUCUGCCAAUUUCGUCAAAUUGGUUCUGGCAUUGUAAAAUGGACCCAUGUAGAGGGUGCUGAUUAAAGAUUCUAUUUAUUCUUUAUUUCGCCUAAUAAAACUGUUCAAUAACUAAAAAUGAGCGUGUUUAAGUCAGCCAUGGGCUACUUUAGCUCUAGUGGUGCUAAUGGUGGAAGCGACAAUGAUUUCGUGGGUCAAUUUGUUGAAAUUGGGAAUAUGAAACUGAGAGUCAAAAAAGUGAUUGCAGAAGGUGGUUUUGCGUUUGUGUUUGUCGCCCAAGACGUGUCAUCCGGCACUGAAUAUGCUCUAAAGAGGCUCAUGGCGGCUGAUGAGCAGGCAAACAAAAAUAUAAUCCAAGAAAUUAGUAUAUUAAAAAAGUUAUCGGGUCAUCCCAAUGUUAUUAAAUAUAUAGCCGCUUCAUUUAUUGAUAAGUCAAAGACCUCGCAUGGAAUGGGAGAGUAUUUGUUGUUGACGGACCUGUGCAGCGGGGGCAGCUUGAUGGAGGCUCUUCAGAAUCGAGGGCAGGCCUUCCCGUUGCCUACUAUCCUCAGGGUGUUCUACCAGACAUGCAAGGCAGUGCAACACAUGCACGCACAGGUUCCUCCAAUUGCUCAUCGUGAUCUCAAGCUAGAAAAUUUCUUAAUAUCUAAUGAAGGUACAAUGAAACUCUGUGAUUUUGGUUCUGCAACUACUGACGUGUAUUCGCCUAAUCCUUCCUGGAGUGCUAAUCAAAGAAAUAUGUUAGAAGAAAACUUGGCCCAGUUCACGACGCCCAUGUACAGAGCCCCAGAAAUGUUAGACACCUGGGACAACCGGAAAAUCGACCACGCAGUGGACGUAUGGGCGUUGGGUUGCAUACUGUACACGCUCUGUUAUAUGCAGCACCCUUUUGAGGACUCUGCUAAGUUGGCCAUAUUGAACGGAAAUUACAACCUCAACCCUAACGAUCAGCGCUACAAAUGUUUACAUGAAAUCAUAAACGGGUGCCUGACGGUGAACCCGGAGCAGCGGCUGACCAUCAGCGGGGUGCUGGAGCGGCUGGCGGCCGUGGCGGAGUCCAACAAUAUCAAUCUCAAGCAACCACUCAAAUUUGAGCGUAAAAAAGUUGAACAAUCUGUGGCCACUAGCUCGCCAGCGGUAAGCAAAGAGCCGAUAGCAAACACCCAGGAGGUGCCGAACUCGCGGCCGCCCGAGCCGGCGCGGCCGCCGCCGCCCGCGCGGCCGCCGGCGGCGCCCCACUACCCGCUGCCCGCGGCGCCCGGGAACUCGGGGGGCCUGUUCUCGUCGAUAAAAGGGGGCGCUGGUAGCUUCUUGAAGAAUCUAAAGGACACCUCUUCGAAGGUCAUGCAGACUGUUCAACAGUCUAUAGCGCGAACAGAUUUAGACAUGAGUUACAUUACAAGUCGCGUGCUUGUGAUGCCGUACCCGUCCGAGGGAUUGGAGAGCGCAUAUAAGACUAAUCACAUUGACGACGUCAGGGCAUUCUUAGAAACGCGGCACCCCGGCGGCAAGUACUGCGUGUUCAACUUGUACCGCGGCGGCCGCCUGCACUUCCCGCGCCACGCGACGGUGGCGGACGCCUGGCAGCUGUGGCCCACGCCCGCGCACCGCGCCCCUCUGCUGGCGCCGCUCUACAGGCAGCUGCAGACCAUGUACCAGUGGCUAGGUCGUGACGAGCGCGCCGCCGCUGUCAUCGCUUGCCAGGACGGCAAAUCAAUGUCGUGCAUGGUGCUAUGCGGGCUGCUGCUGUACGCGAAGCUGGUGACGGUGCCGGAGGAUGCGCUGCAGAUCUUCGCCGUGAAGCGCGCGCCCGCCAACAUGCCGCCCAGUCAGCUUAGAUACCUAUACUAUCUCAAUAAUAUUAUUAGGCCAGAACCAAUACUCCCUCACUUUAGGCCAGUCACUCUAGUCUCCCUAACUAUUCAACCUGUACCACUAUUUACGAAAGCCAGGGAUGGUUGUAGACCAUUCAUAGAAGUGUUCAACGAAGACAGGGUGCUGUUGUCGACGCUACAGGACUACGACAGGUUACACAUGUACACGGCACAGGAAGGCAAGGUGACAUUACCACUAGACACGACGGUCUGCGGAGACGUGCUAGUAAUAGCAUCACACGCGCGCCAGCAGCUCGGCCGAGUGCACACCGUGCCCAUGCUGUCCGUGUCCUUCCACACCGGCUUCCUGCAGCCCACGCAGCACGCCAUCAAGUUCACCAGAACCGAGAUCGACGGCAUAGAAGACAUAACCCCAGUGAACGACCACUUCCCCUCCAACGUGUCUGUCGUCAUCAGCCUCGUGGUUCAGAACGGCGAGCGCCGCAAGCCACGCUCUGAUCCCUGGGAGGAGGACCACUCCUUCCCAGUGCGGACGCCGGAUGUGCUGUUCUCCACCACGCUGGAGAGAGACGAGACUAUCGAUAACUUUGCUAACCUCCGAAGCAACCCUACGGCUAUACCGUCAACAACCGCCCCAACAGUUACAGCGGAGUACCCGGCUGCCGAGACGGCGCCGCCGCCCCCGCGGCCGGCUCCGCCCGCGCCCUCCCCCCCGCCGCCGCGCCCGCCGCGCCCCGCGCCGCCCGCCCCUGCGCCCGCCCCCGCCCCCGCCUCCGCCCCCGCGCCCGCGACCGCCGACACCGCGGACUUCCUCAACCUCUCCACGCCUAAACCGAAGGACGAGAAGAAGCUUAAGAGUGAUGACUCGUUUGACUUCUUCGGGAUGAUGGAGAAGCAAGAUGACGCGUUUGGAGACUUUCUUGGCGGGCGGGCGGCGGCUGACAAUCCGCAGCCAUUCUCGUCGGAAUCCAUAUUCGGUUCGGUGCCGGCGCCGGCGGCCGAGGCGGCGCGGCCGGCCACGGACCCCAACUUCGACCCGUUCGGGCUCAACGAGCCGCUGCCCGAGCAGGACAACCUGCUCACUCCGCAGCUAGUCAAGGAGGAUGUCCGAUCUCAGAGCGUGCCCCUAGAGCAGCUGAAGAAGGACCCGUUCGCCGACCUGGGCCUGCUGGGCUCCAGCAUCGGCCACGUGUCGGCGCCGGGCGGCACGCCGCGCGCCUCGCCCGCGCACACGCCGCACGCGCCGCACGGGCCGCACGCGCCGCACGGGCCGCACGCGCCGCACGGGCCGCACGCGCCGCACGCGACGCCACACGCCACGCCGGCCAAGUCUCCGCAACACCAGCCUGACUACAGUCGAACACACUUCGAGCCAGCCAAAACACCCAUGGAUGACAAGCCCAAGAAACCGGCGGAUGUAUUUGGAGACCUUUUAGGCAGUCAGGGCUACGAAUUCGCGGCCAAGAAAGACACUGGCCCGCGGACUAUGAACGCCAUGCGUAAGGAAGAGAUGGUCAAGGAAAUGGACCCGGAGAAAAUUAAGAUUCUUGAUUGGACGGAAGGCAAGAAGGCGAACAUCCGCGCGCUGCUGUGCUCGCUGCACACGGUGGCGUGGGCGGGCUGCCGCUGGGCGCGCGUGGACAUGGCGCAGCUGGUGUCGGCCGCCGACGUCAAGCGCCACUACCGCAAGGCCUGCCUCGCCGUGCACCCCGACAAGCAAAUGGGUACGGAGAACGAGAACAUCGCUAAAAUGAUCUUCAUGGAGCUCAACAACGCCUGGAGCGACUUCGAAAACGACGCCAAGCAGCAGAAUCUCUUCCAGUCUUAACUUGACACGUCCGACGUUCUCAUCAAACUAAAACUAGCGCCCGCUACCAGACAAAGUCAUAAAAUAAUAUUGUAGCUGGGAUUUGGCAGCUGAGGUAGGUAACGCUAUACGGCUAUACUGGGUUUUAAAAUACGCCGAUAAUAUUGUCAAUGUGUGUUUGUUUCGAGCAAGAGGGUGAUGAUUAAAAUGCUUCCUUUUAACCUUUUGUCCGCCAAAGACGUCAUAUGACGCGCGCGGCUACAGCCCAAUAUCAACCUUCAUGCGUACCGACAAGGUUCACGAUUACGCGCCGCGUACGAUAGGCGUGGCGUUCAAAAGGUUAAAUCAGUUGCAGUGAUCGGGAUUUUGGUUGCCACUCGGGGUGAAUGACCUCAAUAAUUUUCUGUUAAAUGUCGUGUAUUUAAUGAAUAUGUUAUCUUAUAAUGCGUUUUUUUCAUGCAGUUUAAAAAGGUAUCGCGGACUUUAAAGUCGUACUCAUGUCACUAUUUUACUUGAUAUACCACGUUGUGGCAUUCAAAACCUCGACCACUGGUCAUUUAUAACUUUUACAGAGUAAACAGAGUUAUUGGUAAAGACCAAUUGGUGUCAGAAAAAAAGUUAGACGCAGACCAAGCUAAGUUGGCAGCGAUUUUGAUAGCCCACACGGUGCAAGUGUUAUUUUAAACGUCAAACUUCUAUUAAAUUACAUAUACCGUAUACUAACACUUACACCAUUUGGGCCAUCAAAUCGCUGCCAACUUAGCUUGGUCUGACUCGGACUUUUUUGCUGACACCAAUUGGUUGAUGAAUAUUGAUAAAUACUUUAUGUAACCACUAAUAGUAAAGGAAGUGAAAUGAAUCUGUUAUAGAGUUUACUUUUUAAACCUGCCUUAAGAUUAUUCGUUACAUCAAAGUAUUUAUAUGCUACCACAUUUUGGUGUUGGCUAAGUAAUCCUUACAUUAAUAUAAAGACAAACAUACUCCAUUAGCAUUUACUGUUAUACUUUGAAUAAGAGAGAUCCAAAAUAUACGUAUUCAUACAAACGUUAGCCUUGUAUUAGUACAGUUGAAAUUUUAUAACUACUACUGAAAAAUACAAAAAAAGACUGCCGUCUUUUCCGCUUCAAUCUGUAACUAGUAAAAAAUGUUUAGACGCAAAAUUAUUUCAUUGCAAAUGCCCCUGAUGUAAAAAAAACAUUUCUAGGUGGUAAAUUUAAUUAAGAUUAUUGACGUUAAAGUGAAAUAAAUGUGCAUGUUAUAUUCAUUGCUUAUAAUUUAACUCGAUAUACAUAUAGGUACACAACAAUAUAUUAAUGAUGCUGUUAUGUUCAAAGUUAAGAUAAUAGUCAAAUGUAUGAUAUUAAAACACAAUAAGUUCUAGCAGCUCAAAUUAUUGGGAAAUGUGGGUAUAAAGACGCCUUACGGAUGCUAUAAGUAAGAUAUUCUGUCAGACAGCAUUUCAGCAAGUACUUUUGGGAAUAAAGUAACAACAAAUUCCAAAAUAGUCAGGGCUAAAGUGUAACCGCUGCUCAUUAGUUCGUAUACUUACCUGUCUGUGCGACAUACUUGUGUUAUCACCAUUUGGAGCACAACACCCGAACUUAGCAAGUUUCUAAUCCUAUUUAUAUGUAAAAUGUUCAGAUAUUUUAAAAUUUACCAUUUAUAUUUGACGACCGGUUUGGCCUAGUGGGUAGUGACCCUGCCUACGAAGCUGAUGGUCCCGGGUUCAAAUCCUGGUAAGGGCAUUUAUUCGUGUGAUGAGCAUGGAUAUUUAUUUCUGAGUCAUGGGUGUUUUCUAUGUAUUUAAGUAUUUAUAAAUAUUUAUAUAUUAUUAUAUAUCGUUGUCUAAGUACCCUCAACACAAGCCUUAUUAAGCUUACUGUUGGACUUAGUCAAUUUGUGUAAUAAUGUCCUAUAAUAUUUAUUUAUUUAUUUAUAUAGCAAUCAUGAUAAAUACGUGUUUAAGUUGAAUAUAUAAACAAUAUUCAAAUGAAUAUGGAAUAUCCGAAACAAUUUUGUGGAUUUAAAGCCGGUUGAACACAAUGUUCGAAAGUACUUUCUGAAAUGCUGCGUGGCUACAACGGCUCGGCGUGUUGCUUUUACAAUGCUUGAUAGAAACAAUGUUUAAUUAUUUGGCAGCGAGUGCAAUAAUUUCAAUUUCCGAUGUACAGUCAUUUCGCUAUAAGGUUUGUCAAUUAGAAUUACUCACUCGUAAUUAAGAAUAAUUCAUCUAUUACGAGAAAAUAAUCAAAGUUAGAGCUAAUUCAAUUCUAGAUGUUGGUGUUUGAGUACUGUUACGGUGUUUAUUGCAGAAACCACUGUCUUGAAACUACUUGCCCGAAUUUACAGGUAUAUUACAAUUGAACACAUUCGAGCAACGUACAAAUUCAGACCUCCAUGUUCAGGAAAAAGGCAAUACGCAAUAUUUUUAGUUUUUAAAUGUAUAGUUUUUGCAUAGGUUUCUACUGCAGCUUAUUUCUUUGCACCGAAAAUAUAGCAAUAUAAAAAAUACUAUAAGAUUUGUUAUGUAAAAAAACUCCAAUGUUAUACUGUGGUACUUAAUUAUUAGGUUUAUAAGAUUUCUGGUUAGGUGUAUACAUUCCUAAUGUAAUUUCGUGAUUAUAUUUUGUAGAAUUUCUCAGUUUGCAAGUGUUACAUUUGUAUCGUUAUCAUUGCACGCACCCAAUACAAUAAAAUGUAUUUGGGGUGCAAGUUUGUUUUGAGUUGACGCUGAUUUGUAAGUUUUGUACGAUCUGUUUCGCUUUAUUGUAGUUCGCAGGAUACAUUUAAUGUUCCUUUUAGUAUUUUAAUUUCAUGCUGUAGGUAUAUUUGUCUAUAAUUUAAUACUUUGAGCCAGUGAGUACAAUCGCACGAAAGUGUGUUUGAAAUGUAUAUUUUGCUUAGUGAUUAUAAUAUAGCUAUAUGCAAUUCAUAAUAAAAUUGUUCAAAUGAAAAGAAAUGAUUAUGGAA